CUACACUGGAACACAAUCAAUCACAACUCUUCCAUCAUCUACUCCAUCCAUCGUCAUCAUGGUUGCACACACUGGAGGUCUCACCAACGGCCACCCGGGCUCAGUGCGCUCCCGCAAUAUCGCCCUCCUCAGCAUCUUCGGCGUGAUUGCGGGCGCCGCCCUCGUCUUCCGCGCCCAGUCGCCCAGCAAGAAUGAGAAGAUCUACUCGCAGAAAGAAGCCCAGACUAUGGUUGGAGGACAAACGGGCGAGAACAGGGUAGGCCGGGCCCCGAGUCAUCAGCCGAAGAACUAAACAAGGGGAUGACGAGGGGUUUGUUUAAUUUGUAUAUAAAAUCAUGCCAUUGCUGCUUUCUUUUCAUUC